AAAUAGUAAGAAUAGGCUAUUUUAACCGAGCCUCAUUGCUCAGGAAGUGACUAUAAUUAGAUAAUAUUGUUUACUAAUUACUUUACAAUUGUUUUAUAUUAAUAGUAGUUAUUGGUGAUGAAAUGACAACCCAUGCAAGAAACUUUGAUACUGGAUGCACUUGAAUUUGUCAAUUAAAUUAUGAAAUAUUUUCAAUCGCCAACGUAAACCUCAUAGUGUAACGAUUUAAUAUUUCAGCUGUUCAUCUCGGCAUGAAUAUAUUCAAAUGUCUGUCAAAUAUUUUCAUGAUUUUUUGAAAUUUUUACUCUUGGAUUGAUUUAAUUCUUUGAUAUGUUUAAUAAGUCAGAUGUGAAUGAGUAACGUGUAUUAAAUUGUGGCUGAUUAUAGUCAUGGUUCGACCUGGUGACGUUUCCCGUCUUAUAUCACCUUUCAACGAUGUAUUCAAUCUGAUCACAGAAGGAAACGAAAAGGCCUUGAAGCAAGCUUUCUAUAAUACCAUUGCAAUUUUAUUCAUUUUAUUCGUUCUUUCAUCGGUUGCUGCUGUAUACCUUGUGCUCCAGCCAUUCCUUCAACCCUUACUAUGGGCAACAUUGAUUGGAUCAGUUUUGCAUCCUUUCAAGCGAAAACUAACACGAUUUUCUCGCUGGUGGCUGACUGAUGACACUAAGCGACCUAUUAGUAUCUCAGUGAUAAAAAUGCCUUUAACUUUGAUCAAUUUUAUCGUCAAUUCAGUGGCCAAGAUUGUCCAACAUUAUUAUAAACUAUUGGCAUUUAUAUUUGUCACUCUCCUCGUCAUCCAUCUCAGUCUAUUUUAUUUCUCUUUUACUCACCAAUUAAUCUCAUUCUCCUCUCAAAUUAUAAAUACUUUGAUUAAUUUAUCCAAUCUAUUGAUUGAUUCAUGCAAUGCUUACCUAUUAAUCACCUUAAUUCUCAGUCAACUUUUGUUGAAUUUGCUUUCACCUACUAAUGUAGUUCAGCGAGCUUCCAACACUAUACUUCCUUUCACCUUUUUCUUCAUAAUUUUCAAAAUUAUCAGCAUAAUAGGUACUAUUGGCGUAAUUGUUUGCGUGAUUUUCACUCUCAUUACUUUGACUGGUUUUGGGGCCAGCUUAUUUCUCCAUUCAAGGAAUGAAACUGGUGAAGAUGUUCCCGAUGCUGCUUACAACAGAUUCCCAGCCUCUUUAAAGCGUUCAAUUAACUUUAUCUGGAAAUGUUGUCUAAGUCUGCUUCCAGCUCAUUCAUUCUCAAUCUCAUCAGAUGAAAAUGGUGACAAUAAAAAUGAGUCUGAACCGAUGCUAUUAGAUACUGAUAACCCUCCAUCUAACCCUGAUACCGAAAAAGUAAAAUCCGAAGAUAAGGAAGUUCAACCAGACUCAGUUUCUUCAACGAAAUCAUUACCCAGUGAGAAUCAAUCCGAUGAACGUGAAAAAUUGCCUCCAACGGGUAGUUUUAAACUCAGCAAUUCAUACCUUUAUUCAGUUUUCUGGAGCUGUCUCCUAGCUCAAGUCUGGUUGCGACCACAACUACUCUAUUUAACUCCUGUCCCAAUAUUCGUGUUUGCCGUAUCUUGGGUAUGGAGAAAAAUCAACGGGAAUCAGAUUGUAUCAGAAUGGAAAUCAUCGUUGCGUAGAUUUCUUGAAAACCAAUUUCCUUUUCUACAUAAUUCAAUUUUAACAGGAAUACAUCAAUACUAUUUUUUAGGAGAUGCUACUAUUGCAAGUUUUUUACUUGACUCGAUUGAUACCAUUUGCAGUCUUUUAACAAUCUUUGUCCUGUUAUUUGGAGUACUUUUUGCUGUGGCAUUUUUAGCAGUCCAGAUUUAUCACGAAAGUGCUUGUUUAGUUGAGCUGAUGGGAAAUGUUGUCAAUUCAACUUUAGUGAAUAAUCCUCAAUUAGCAACAGGAUUUCCUGCAAGUGACCUCAUCAGUCAAAAUGUUUUCGAUGAGAUGAUAAACAACGCUUAUAUUUAUGGUCGUCAAUGGCUUCAAAAAUCGAUACGAAACGCUUUAGAGGCUGGUCAGGAAAGUUCAAAUGCAACCGUACUGGUAGAGAAACAAUUACUUGAAGUUUGGGAUCGAGUAUAUCAUCAAUGGUUGAUUCGCAAUAACAAUUCAACUCUUACUGGCUUAGGAAACCGAUCUUUUGAAACAUACAGUUGGAAUCGAUUGUUUGCUGCUUUGAAGACGUUGGAUUUGGUUCUUUGUGCAAAUCUUCUCAAAGAAAAUUUGGACACUGUUCUAUCUAUUUUUGAUUCUGUCUGGGUUUUAUUGAAAUCUAAUUUCACUCUUUUAUUUACUGUAAUAACUGCUGUGUUAUCAAUGAUCUUAAGUGGUAGCACAGCAAUACUCAACUGUUGUCUUAAUUUUAUUGUGUUUGCCACAUCACUCUUCUACCUUCUCUGCUCCAGUGGAGAUGAAUACAAACCUGUUGAGCUAGCAGGAAGAUUUAUACCUAAUAUUGACAAAGGUGGAAACUAUUUGAACAAAUUUGGGCUAGCUGUUGAGGAAUCCAUUAAUAGCGUUUUUGCUGCCUCAUUUAAGAUGACUGUUUUUUAUGGCUUAUAUACUUGGCUGAUUCACACCUUAUUUGAAGUUCGUAUCAUUUACAUACCUUCAGUUCUUGCUGCCCUUUUCGGAGCUGUUCCGUUUAUUGGUGCUUACUGGGCAUCAAUACCUGCAGUUCUUGAACUCUAUUUGAUUCAUGGCUUAGGAGGUAGAUCGUUAUUGAUGUCUUUUUUCGCUGUUCUUCCAUCAUAUUUCGUUGACUCAGCAAUUUACAGUGAUAUCAAGGGCGGUGGUCAUCCUUAUCUAACUGGUUUAGCCAUCGCCGGUGGAGUAUUUUAUCUCGGCUUUACCGGAGCCUUUUUUGGACCAAUGAUUCUAUGUUGUCUAUUUGUUGCUGCUAAGCUGUAUACAUCAAUUAUGGCAGAUAGCUCGAUAAAGAACUCACUGUCUAAUGUUCGUGGCUUGAGACCUCCAUUGAAACGGUUGAAUACCUCAGUUGAUUUGUAACAAAAUUGUCCAAAACGUCCUUUAAAGCUUAUCCAAAGAAUCCAAAGUUAAAAAAUAAGAAAAUCAUGUUUUCCUGAUUAAAUUAAAUUCAAGCACUCAUUUCGGCUAAUCUAAUGUUAAGACAAUCAAUCAGAAAUAAUAAAUUCAGAACUUUUUUGCAAUAUUAUGAAUUUACAUUGGGCAAUCGUCUGUGAUAAAAACAAUACAUCAAUAUAAAUUUUGUCAUGUUACAGUGCUUUAAUUAAAACAUCCACAUUCUUAUUUUAGAAA